AUGGCUCGCGAAGGAACGCGCUUGCAGACGGGCCAUUCCAAGCCGCGUGUUAUCACCGUCCCCGACACGGCACCUGUCAUCAAGCGGGCGCCAAAGGUCAAGCCCAAAAAACCUGCUGCCACUGGUAAGACGGGUGCCACAAAGGGCGCCAAAACCACGGGCGUUACCAAGAAGAAGGCACCCGUAAAGAAAGAAGGCACGGCCAAGAAGGUCGAGGCCGCUGUGAAGAACACAAUCAAGAAGGCCACUCCGGCUGAGAAGAAGCCUGAGGCGAAGGCUGAGCAAGCCGAGAAGCCUGAAAAGGCUUAG